AAAAUUGUGAAAAAUACAACCAUUGUUUGAGCUCUCUGAGGCUGCAGGAAUUUCUGCUGAAUGUGCAAGAGGGAAAAAGCCUUGCUAUACCUUCAUUUGUCAAUCAAAUAGGUGCCUGUGGCUCACACACUGCAACUGUGUAUCGUAAACAGUUAACCGUUCCUCAAAUAUCUCUGUUAUGUGGACCCACAGAACAGCAAACAAGCUGGGUCCUUUGCUAGCAAGCUACCAGUACUACGUUGUUGACAUCAUCCGUCCUUAGGACUUAUCUUAAUUGAUGAUGCAGAAUCCUUCACAUAAACUCCUCUGAGGAAGGGAACCACUCAGAAUUUGUUUCUGUGAGGUGAUACAGAAUCUUUAUCAAAUCAGCUUCACUCCGAUCAUUGCCAGUUCGCACCCUCUCCUAUAAGGAGAAGGAAGGAGGAAAAGGUGGCAGCAAACUAGGUCAAACUCAAAGGUGUCAAGGGGAUAAGGCAGGACAUAAUGCAAUUUAUUUCUCUGAAGGAAUUAAUUCUCUUUUAACAUUUUUAAAUGAUAUACUGUAUAUCACCUUGUGGGUUAGGGUUAGGCUGCAUGUUUCCCAGAAGCUCUUGAAAAGUAUGUUUAAAAUUUAUCAGUACUGCAUACUAUUAAAGAGACACAAUAAUUUUGCUUGUGAUGUUCAAACAUUCAUAGUAAUUGCAUUAUCCGGCAAAACAACCAGUGUAAUUUAUGUCAAUGCUGAUUAAACGUUUUGUCAGAAAUAAUUUGGCCUCAAUUUAGACUUAAUGUUACCAGCUAAUUAAGUACAUUUCUGCAUUUCUCUGUAAAAAAAAGAAAAAGGAAAAAAAAAAGGUGAUUUACUCUAGUUGGAAACUAGACAAUAGGCCCUUGUUAGCCAGAUGAUUGUUUUCCCAUGUUGCCGCUGGGGUGGAUGGCAAGUUAGCCAUGAAAUGGCAAUUAAAUCUUGGAUGUACAUCUGAAAUACGUAAGUACAAGAGAGCACAAGCAUGAACUGGUUCAAAUGCGGAAAAGAUCAAAGCGAACUGCAUACAGACAAGAGCAUGUACUGUACAAUGGCAAAACAAGCACUAAUGUACUACUACUUGCUGACGGCUAUGACCAGUUCCCAUGUGAUCACACCCAAAGAGUGCACAGUGGCUAACUACUGCAGGCAACAAUAACCUACCAGCAACAAUAAAUCCACAAUAAAUUAAUUGGCCCUGUGACAAAAUUUUGAAAUAAUAUAUAUAAAUAGCAAAUCGGGCUCCGAGGAUCAAUUUGUGUACCAUGCCUAGAAUACAUGUAACAAAUUUCAUUUGAUUCGUCCACAAAUAAGAGCGGAAUAGAACGAUUCGCCAUGUUAAUUUCACAAUUAGUUAAUAUAAUUAAUCAGCUCAGAGACAAAAAUACAUUUGAAAAAAAUUGGCCUCUGAGAAAAAAUUAAUGCGUAUAAAUCCAUGCCUAGAAUAUUCCCACUAAAUGUCAUUGUGAUCCGUCCACGUAUAACAUCGGAAUACAUAAAGUGAUCGUGUGCACAGCAACAACAACAUGAGUGGCAACUUGACAAGCCUUCAGCCUGUAAUAAGAAUAAGAUCACAGUUAUCUAAUUGUCAGAUGAAUGAAACCCAACCCGGUUCAUCCAUAUAAAGACACAUUGUGUAAAACUAAAUAUGGUCAGAGGGUAACGUACCGUAUUUUUCGGACUAUAAGUCGCAUUUUUUUUCAUAGUUUGGCUGUGGGUGCGAUUUAUACUCUAGAGCGACUUAUGUGUGAAAUUAUUAACACAUUAUUAUAUCAUUUCCCAUGUUAUUUUGGUGUUUUGGAGUUGCACUGAUGGUUUGGUAAACAUUUUAGUAUGUUCUUUAUGCUACAGUUAUCUGAAUAACUAGGUAUGUAACGUUAACAUACCGGCCACGUUCGCAUUUCGUUGUUCAUGCAUCAUGUAACAUUAUCUUACUGAACAUUUAUUCAGCAUGUUGUUCUCUAUUUUAUUUUUACUUUGAAUUGCCUUUCAAGAUGACAUAUCUGUUCUAUGUGUUGGAUUUUAUCAAGUAAAUUUCCCCCCAAAAUGCGACUUAUACUCCGGUGCGACUUAUAUAUGUUUUUUUCCUCUUCGUUGGGCAUUUAUGGCUGGUGCAACUUAUAAUCAGGUGCGACUUGCAGUCCGAAAAAUACGGUACUCUAUGAACAUACUGUAUGUUUGAAUGUUUUCGCUGCUAAUAUUCAGGCCUGCCUAAAUGGAUCAGUGAGUUACAUCAGUUACAUGAGAUGUCCUUGUAUGCAAGUUAGUGUGAGACUAUUUACAUUUUACCAUCUGAUUUUCUCAUUACUCUAGUGGUGGCUUAACACCAACCCCUGAUAACACCACACAAACCUGCACACACACAUCUUUGCCCGUUACCACCGUUUAAUUGUGCAACCUUCACUGAAGACAUAACAGCAUCUUCGAACCUCGCAUGUUCCCUUUGGGUAUCUUGUCAACACAUACUUGGUUGGACUCCCAUAAAAUUCCCCCGUGCGGUCACCUACAUAUUUAUCUGCAGUCGCACGCUCACGCAUUUGCAUACAUAAACCCUUUUUCUCACACACGCACAUACGCGUGCACACUGUUCCGCACUCAAGCUGAAGCACUGCACUGCAUGCAUUCUGCGCUUGUGAUCAGCUGCGGCAGUGUGUGAGGCGAUGUUGGGAUUUCUAAUGCUGCAAAACAACGCUUGAUUUGGAAAUGGAUCUCAAUACACUUCCGUUACAUUUACAUGGAUACUCUUUUGUUCUACUUUGGUUGCUCUCACCUUAUUUUUUCUUCACUUCUUACGUCUGGUGUCCAUCAAGUUGAAGUUCCGUGACAUAAUACACCUGCUUAACCUCAUUUACCUGGCCGCUUUGCAUGAUGUAAAGCUGAUCUCAUCUCUGACAUCGUUUGUCCUGCGACCACCCCUUACCCCACUCAUUUCAGUAUUUUGCUUUCCGCUUUCCGUGCCCGUUUUGUUUCCUGCUCAUCCUAAAUUCAGCCACUGCUGUCUACCUGUACCUCAUUGUGCUCGACUUUUCAUUAUCCGUCUUUGCCCUACUUUCACCCUUUUUUCAAUGCCAGUUCUCUUUGCUUUGUCCCGCAACUGUCUCCUUUCGAUAACACAGUGGAAUGGCAACACAAAACCAGCUAACUAUUAUGAAUCCUGAAGAAGGCUAUCAGUGGAUUGUAACAUGGAUGCCUUGAUCCUGCAACAUGUUAUUUAUGACUACUAGGAACCUGCACUCAUUUGAAUUUACAUCAAGGAUGGAUUAUGUGGAUGAACAGCAGCUGGACGAUGAGUGGAAUCUAAAUUUGUGCUGAAUAGCCCAAGGUGGACAGAAGACCUCGUGAAGGAAGUCGGUUUGAGCUUUGUCUUCUUGAAGUUAGGGUUUUUUUUUUUUUUUUUUUUUUUAAACACAAGGAUCAUUUUAUAUCAGUUAGUUUUCCAGGUUAAAGGCAAUAAUGGGUUGCACCAGCUACUGUGCGACCCAUUAUUGUUACUCUACUUUUCAUGUAGUGUCUUGAACGCAGAGCACAUGAGAAUAAUACCUUCUUUUUUGUUCUUUUUUUUUUUGAUGGUGCUGGAUCAAUGCACUGACUAUUUACGUGCUUCGCCAUUCUGACAUUGUACACAAUAUUUCACAAUUUUGUCAUAAAUCCUGUUGCACCUCUGAAGUGCUCUAAUUCUUCAGGAUAUUUUACUUCUAAAGAGGGAGUAUAGGCAGCAAUGACUAUACUUUUUGGAUUCCUUUUUUUCCCUCCCAUGGAUGAAAUUAUAUAAAUCUUAAAAGAUUGUUCAUUCAGUAGUUGCCCAGGCUUAGGACACCACUGUGCCUAAGACUUUAUGCUGAUUUCAUUGCCUAGAAAUUUCAUUUGGGUUUUAUGGCCAGGAUUGGAACAGCGCUUCCUACACAACAAAUGGAUAAAAACGGCUGCAUCCCACUCUGCUGGAGCAAAGGGUCGUGCGUUUAUGCACAGCAUGCUUUACCAAAGUAUGACGGCCAGCUAGCCCGAGUCAGAACAUCUGAGUCAGGCAUGGCAACGUCUUCCUACUUGGAGCCCAACCUCAAUCACUCCACAACAACUGGGUGUGGAGUGAAAUCCCGCUCUGGGGUUUCCGGUGGUACUGGUGUCGGUACCAGCGGAUCUGCUGGUGGUCUUGAGCGGACUCCAGGUUCUAUGGACAGGGUUCUGAAGAUCUUCCAUUACUUUGAGACAAAUAGUGAACCAAGCACCUGGGCAAGUAAUAUCAGACAUGGAGAUGCUACUGAUGUCAGGGGAGUCAUUCAGAAGAUAGCCGAAAUCCACAAAUUGCGCUGCGUCACUUCACUUGGCCUGCGUUUAACCCAUCUGCACACAGACGCACGACAUUGGUUACAUCCUGACUUGGGAGUUUGUCAUGUCAGGGAGAAAUAUGAGAAACAGCAUCCACAGGAGGAGUGGAGGUAUGACCUGCGGAUGCGCUAUUUCCCUAAAGGUUACCUCAGUCAUUUCUCAGAAGACAAACCCUCGCUCAACUAUCUCUAUCAUCAGGUAAAGAGUGACUACAUGCAACAUAUCGCCGAUCAAGUGGAUCAAGAAGUUGCUUUAAAACUAGGCUGUCUCGAAAUAAGGCGGUUCUUCAGAGAUAUGCCAGGAAAUGCCCUUGACAAGAAGUCCAACUAUGAACUUCUAGAGAAAGAUGUUGGUUUGAGAAGGUUCUUCCCCAAAAGCUUGCUAGACUCUCUGAAGGCGAAGACUCUUCGUAAGCAUAUCCAGCAGACCUUUAAGCAGUUUGCCAACCUCAACGAUGAGCAGAGCAUCCACAAGUUUUUUGAAAUCAUCUCUCCCAUCUAUCACUUCGACAAGGAGUGCUUCAAAUGUGCAUUAGGGUCUAGCUGGGUAAUAUCAGUCGAGUUAGCAAUCGGACCAGAGGAAGGAAUCAGCUACCUCACAGACAAGGGCUCAACGCCUACCCACUUAGCUAACUUCAACCAGGUUCAGUCCAUCCAGUAUUCACCUUUAGAGGAAAAGGACAGGAAAGGGAUGUUGCUGCUCAACGUAGCAGGAGCUCCAGAGCCUCUCACAGUCACUACAGCAUCGCUGACAACAGCAGAAAAUAUGGCUGACUUGAUUGAUGGUUACUGUCGACUCUUCUCCUCAACGAGUCACUCCUUCAUCAUCAGAGUCCAUAAGGAGGGUGACAGAGCGCUACCAUCCAUCCCAAAAGUAUCAAAUCAUGAGAGGCGGAUGGAAAAACGGAUGGACGGAGUACGAACCCGAGCUGUUUGUGUGUCAGGGCACAAUAGUGGCGAUGAAACAGAUGACUAUGCUGAGAUCAUAGAUGAGGAAGACACCUAUACAAUGCCUUCAAAAUACUAUGGACUAGAUCAAGCACAGGAUUAUGAAAUUCAACGGGAUCGUAUAGAACUUGGCCGCUGCAUAGGUGAAGGUCAGUUUGGAGACGUCCACCAAGGAGUUUACAUCAGCCCAGAAAACCCAGCAUUGUCUGUGGCAGUAAAGACGUGUAAGAAUUCAACGUCCGACAGUGUCAGAGAAAAAUUUCUCCAAGAAGCACUAACAAUGCGUCAGUUUGACCACCCUCACAUUGUGAAGCUGAUGGGCGUCAUUACAGAAAAUCCAGUCUGGAUAAUCAUGGAGCUAUGCACACUGGGAGAGUUACGUUCUUUCCUGCAAGUGAGAAAGUACAGUCUAGACCUGGCCACUCUUAUCCUGUACUCCCACCAGCUCAGCACAGCAUUGGCCUACCUGGAGAGCAAACGCUUUGUGCACAGGGAUAUAGCUGCACGGAACGUCCUGGUAUCGACUGUUGACUGUGUAAAGCUGGGUGACUUUGGUCUAUCAAGGUACAUGGAAGACAGUUCUUACUACAAAGCAUCAAAGGGUAAGCUGCCCAUUAAAUGGAUGGCUCCAGAGUCAAUCAACUUUAGAAGAUUUACUACAGCCAGUGAUGUGUGGAUGUUUGGUGUCUGUAUGUGGGAAAUUCUGAUGUAUGGCAUCAAGCCUUUCCAAGGUGUAAAAAACAACGAUGUCAUUGGGAGAAUAGAGAAUGGCGAACGUCUAGCCAUGCCCCCUCAGUGCCCCCCUACCCUGUACAGCUUAAUGACAAAGUGUUGGUCGUAUGACCCUAGCAAGAGACCACGUUUCAAUGAACUGAAAACCCAGCUCAGUACCAUACUAGAAGAGGAAAAGGCCCAACAGAAAGAGAGGAAUAGGAUGGAGAUGAGGAGGCAGGUCACUGUCUCUUGGGACUCCGGAGGGUCUGAUGAAGCGCCACCAAAGCCUAGUAGACCCGGUUACCCCAGUCCACGCUCCAGUGAAGGCUAUUACCCUAGUGCUCAGCACCCUGGACACUACCAGAUGGCAGGUUACCCUGGCCCCCACACGCUCCCGUCAGUGCCGAGUGCCCUUUACCCCCCACAGGCCACAAUGUUGGAGACGCAUCAUGCACACACGCAUCCGCGGCACCAUGUCCAUGCACACUCACAUGUACAGCACCUUCCUCAGCCACAUGGACAGGACAUGGCACAUUGGAGUUCGGGUAUUGAGGACAGGGAAAUAGACAUGCAGCAGUGUGUAGGCCAGCAGUGCCUGUUAAUGGAGGAACAGCUGAUGAUACAGCAGCAGCAGAUGGUGGAGGAUCAAAGGUGGCUGGAGCAGGAGGAAAGGCUGCUGAAACCAGAAACCAGAAGUUCUCGGGGGAGUCUGGACCGAGAUGAUGGAGUACUCCAGCCACCAACGGGAAACCAACACAUCUACCAGCCUGUUGGCAAAGCAGAGCUUGUGGCCCCUCCAAAGAAACCACCGCGACCUGGCGCCCAGAGCCAAGGGUGCAGUCUGGCUGGUCUGAACGCUGCAGACAGCUACAAUGAUGGAGUGAAGCUACAACCCCAAGAAAUCAGCCCUCCACCCACCGCCAAUCUGGACCGUUCUAACGACAAGGUAUACGAGAACGUGACCGGAUUGGUUAAAGCUGUGAUCGAGAUGUCGAGCAAGAUUCAGCCAGCUCCUCCAGAGGAGUAUGUUCCAAUGGUCAAGGAUGUGGGCCUUGCAUUGAGGACGUUGUUGGCCACCGUAGAUGAGACCCUACCUCAAUUGCCAGCCAGCACACACAGAGAGAUCGAGAUGGCACAGAAGCUCUUAAACUCUGACUUGGCAGAGCUGAUUGGGAAAAUGAAGUUAGCCCAGCAGUAUGUGAUGACCAGUCUUCAGCAAGAUUACAAGAAGCAGAUGCUAACCGCAGCUCACGCACUCGCUGUGGAUGCCAAAAAUCUGCUGGAUGUCAUCGAUCAAUCCCGGCUCAAGAUGAUGGCCCAGUCCCGCCCACACUAGUCCCACAUCCGGAUCCUUAUACUUCCUGAUCAGUGAGAGUUGUUGGAACUUUCCAUCCAACAAGUGACUAGUGGGGCACGGCCCCUUAAUGUAACCACGGAGCUGAUCCCUUAUUUAACUCUGCACCACUGUGAGAUAUUUUUAAAGAACUGAGCAAAAACAAUUCCUGAAUCAGGGAUUUGUCAACAUUGCUCUUUGCGGACUAAACUGGUAGAACGAGGAAUGGUGGUUUUCAAGUAGAACACCAUGAGCCCAGCGCUAUCAAUGUUGUUGGGUCCAAUCCAGAUCCGGUUGUUGGAGUAAGCCAAGCCAUCAGAGCCUCUUCUUGAUCUUCAUCAUAUCACAAGGAUGAGAUUCCAGCAUGGCAACAGUUUUUUUCUCGUCAUGUGAAAAACAAAGUAUUUUGUUCUUCUUCCCCUAUUUCACCCUUUUUUUAUUUAUAGCAUCACAACACGAAAGACAUGAUACAAGACACUAACGGGGAAAAAACUUCAUUUUCUUUCCUUCUUUGCUUCUCACUGACUCACUUCCUGUUGUCUUCCUCAUUCAGCUCCAGUCUGAGCAGUAUAAAAGACUUCAAAGACGCUACCUCAGAUCUCACUGAGUUUGCUCUUCAUUGACUGCUUCUGUGGGUUAUAAUGUCUAUUUGCUUCGUUUUUGACUCGCAGUCUUCUUCAUAAACAUAUCUACACAGUUCCAUCCCAGCAUCACAGUGGAGGAUAAUGAUGAAGGUGGGUGAGGAAGGCCCGCAAAGGAGUACCCGACAUUUGUUUUCCAACAACGUCUCGGCUCUGUCACGCUUUCACCUUCUCCCUCACCAUCAUAUCGGCGUAUCAGUGUCACAGAGUCACCACGAAUGCAAAUGAACUUGACCAGGGCAACCUUCGUGCAACCUGCAGAAGAUCCCCGGCCUGACGUGCUGAGCCACAUAACUGGAACGUCAUCUUGCAAACUCACAAAAUGAACACAAAAGUUCACGCGUGUCGUGACAAAUAGUAUGGAGGAGAGCAUAUUUGCACAGCACCAAAAUGAAUCGAGUAGUUUGACCCAGGUUUGAUUAUCACGUCUAGCCAGCCAAUCAACCUGUGGGUGAAGUAGGGUUACAAAUGUAAAAUAAACUAUUUUAUCUCUUUA